GCAUGUGCCAAACCUAAAGGAGGAGGAGGAGGAGAGGACAAGGAGCAGUUAGUUAUUUUCAUGUCAAUAGUUUACCAUAUAAUGUAUGGAUUUGGGGUCUGGGGUUUUAAUUUAAUUUAAUUUAUUCCACUUUCAGAAACUAGAGACACUAAUAAUUCAUGUAAUCUAUCUAGCUAAUCCCACGGCACAAGUAACCCUACAGGCUGCAGGCUAUAUAUACAUAAAUUAUCAUUCAUUUGGGUUUGUGUGUAUCAAUAUCUUGAGUGAGUGAGGCCCCAAACAAACGGAGCACUUUGGUUGAUUAUAGGCUUAUAGUUAAGUUGUAGCAAUUAAUGGAGGGCGAGGGCGAACAUAUGAAGAACAAAGAGAACAAAAUUGUGGUGGCAGUAGAUGAGAGUGAAGAGAGCAUGCAUGCUCUGUCCUGGUGUCUGGGACACCUCUCUUCUUCUAAAAACACCAGCAACACUCUUGUUCUUCUCUAUGUGAAACCACCGCCAGUCCAUUCCACUUUCGAUGCUGCAGGAUAUAUGUUUUCCAGCGAUGUAGUUGCAACCAUGGAAAAAUACGGCACUGACAUGGUCAAUUCAGUGAUGCAAAGAGCCGAAGCUGUCUACAGAAAUUUCCACACCAAUGCACAUGUGCAUAUUGAGAGAAUGGUAGGGAGGGGGGAUCCAAAGGAUGUGAUAUGUAAUACGGUUGAGAAACUUAGAGCUGAUACCUUGGUCAUGGGAAGCCACGGUUAUGGUUUCCUUAAGAGGACUCUUGUUGGAAGUGUAAGUGAUUAUUGUGCCAAACACGUAGAGUGUCCGGUGGUGAUUGUGAAGCAUCCUGCCAGUGCCUGACCAGUGACAACAAAUAAAUGAUAAUCAGCACUUUCUGUUGUAUUCUAAUCUCAAAUCAAAUGAAGAGAUGGCGUUGGGGAAUCCUGAUUCCUGGUCUGGUGACUGGUCUGCCUUGUGUAAUUAUAAAAAUAAGAUUUAUAUUCUGCCUGUGUAUACAUAUAUCGAUUGGUUACAAUUAAGUUAAUUACCUCUCAUAGCCUGCCAAAUU